AUGAUGAAUUUUUUUUAUAUAAUUUUCUUGUUGUUUUUAAUAAACUUAUAUAUAUGUGAAACCUAUGGAGCACUCUCUGAAAAUAUUGAAAGUGCUGAAGAAAUAGAUACUUUAAAAACGAGUUUAAGAAAUGGACAUUUAAAUAAUACUUAUUUUAAUGAAGAAAACAAUAAUUUAAAUAUAGGAAAUGAAAUAAAUAAUACAAAUUAUAAAGAAGUAACAGAAGAAUCAAAAGAAGAAUUAUAUGAUAUUAAUGAAAAUAUUUUCCCAGAUUAUUUUUUUCUUGAUAUCGUUACUGAAAAUCAAGAACAAAAAAAUGAAGAAGUACCAGUAAAAACAGAAGUAGUAAGUGAUGAAGAAGAAUUAGAAACCGAAUCUGUAAUUGAAGAAGUUGAAGUAGAAACUGAAUCUAUAAAUGAUGAAGGAGAAACCGAAUCUGUAAUUGAAGAGAUUGAAAUAGAAACUGAAUCUAUAAAUGAUGAAGGAGAAACUGAAACUGUAAUUGAAGAGAUUGAAAUAGAAACUGAAUCUAUAAAUGAUGAAGGAGAAACCGAAACUGUAAUUGAAGAGAUUGAAAUAGAAACUGAAUCUAUAAAUUCUAGUGAUUUAAAAGAAUCUCAUUAG